CGAUGUGGAGAAUAAAGUGAACAUUCUCCUAGCAAGGAAGUUAUUUUCACCAAAACUCAUUCAGACCACAAAUUUCUUGAAACUCAGUUGUACCAUCUGGCCAUGGUGAUGACAAAUAUCACAAACGGCAGGAUGAAGAAGAUAGAAAGGCAAUCUCUUAACUUUAACAGCAACUUUAAUUAAAAUAUUUUCCUACUUGAAAAUAAUUAAAUUCGUGCUUGUACAAACAACGCAAUUUCAGGAGGUCAUCAAAAAUUCCGUGUGAAAAUAUUUUCAACUACAGUUGGGAUGUCUAGCUAUCAUGGCAAAUAUCAUGAAAGCCAGCAUGCGAAGAAUAGGAAAGGAAGAACAGCUUACUGUAUUCCAAAAAUAAAAAAAUACAAAAAUCUAAAAAUACAAAAAUCUAAAAAUACAAAAACUGUUUUUAUGCUGUCGCGUCUGGGCUGACGUGCAUAAAAAAUGACUGAAAAUUGCAAAUUUUGCAAGAUUAUAUUAUCCGCAUUUUACAACAUUUCGCAACGAAACUUUGGAAUAUUACUAAUUUUGUGAUGCUCUUUCAUGCUGUGAUGGAAUCUUGUCUAGACUUGUUGAGAUAAAAAUUUUGGUUAAUAUGGGAUUGGUCCAUUAAAGCCUGGUUCACUAGCAAUUUUGUCAGCGAUUUUGUGUUUCUAACGGAUGGAAUUGAGUGAAGUCGCACACAAAAGUAUAGAGAGUCGCUUUUCUGAAGUAAACAAUUCUAAGUCUUUUGCAUGUCAUCCAUUUGAUCACAUUUGCCAAGACAUCGCCGACAGAAUUGCUAGUGUGAACCAGGCUUAAUCAAGAAUUAUAUUAUAAAAAAUUACCCGAAGUGUUUCCCAUAUCUUUCCUUGCAAGUAGUGCAGUGCAACCAGUUUGACUUUCCUCUAUGACCAUCUUUUCUAAAUCAACUUCAUACGUGCUUUCCGUUCCUGGGAUUGUAAUUAUUUUGUUUCCGACUCUGGACUCAUUCUCAACCAUUCCAUUCAGGAUUUCAUCAAACAGGAUGGUGGAAUUUACAUCCGAAUACGACCAUUGCACGUUUUCCGAGAUUUCGCGUAAUAUUUUCAAUUUCCUUUCCUUCUCAUCGUUCUUGUUCAAAAAGUCAAUCAACACUUCUUUACAUUCGAAGACUUGUUCCGUCAUUCCUUCGAUAGAAACUUCAUCGGCUGAUAAUGUGAUGAAAAUGUCAUAACCCUUUGAUAGUUUUUUAAUUUCAGUAUUAUGCUUCCAAAAUCCGUUCACUAUCUUCUCGUCUUUUACGGACUUGUUCACUUUGCAUCGGUUGAAAUACGCUUCUAUUUUUUCAAUGGACACGUCAACGUUAUCGCGGAAACCAACAACUCGAAAAAUAACUUUUUCUUUCCCGCCAAUGUUCACGAUUUUGUCAACUGGAAGCUGAUGUUUCAUUGCCACGUCUUCCAAACUAGCUGGCAUAUCAUUGUCAUGGAAUCUCACGCUCUUUCGUUGUUCCUUUGCUUUUUCGUCUAGAGCUGUUUUGAAAAUUUGCAUCGUAUCCUUAUCAAACCCAACCACUGUAACAUCUAUUAUAAAAUUUGCAUUGGAAAAUGUUUUAGAUGCAUUUAGUAUGGCAUUGGCGCAUUCGUUGGGAGCCACGCUGAGCGACGUUAUUCCAGUGGCCGAUAUUACAACGCUAUUUAAUGGAAAAUAUUGCGCAGCGUCCAAGCAAGCUUUCAUCGCGCGCUCCAACCCAGAAAUGUCAAACGAAACAGGAACGCAGUGCAUGAUGUAUCUUACAUUCGCGCAGCUACUAGCAUUUGUCACCAGCACAGUGCCGGGUGGUGGUGUCAUUGAUUCUUCACGCGCUGAAUCAAUGAAAUCAAUUUCAUCAUCACUUUGUCGGAUACUUGUUGACGGAAAGUUUGUGGCGGACACUUUUAUAUGUGUUGCAGAAAAGUUAAGGAAGGCAUCGGCUUGAUAUUGUGUUAUGCUGCCACCACGCAGGUAAAUGUGGACCGGUCCAAAGGCGAUCUCAGCAGAACUGGUUUCAGAGUUUCGUUCGUUUUGAUCUAUCGUGGAUGGUGUUGAAAUUCCUGGUCUGACUGGUACUGAUUGUCUUCUCUCGGCUUUAGAUUGAAACACAAUUACGCGAAUAUCUUUGAGGGUUAGCUGGGCUCCUUUGCUGCUGCUAAAUUGGUUUAUUUCAUUCCUGAACACUUUCAAAAUAACUUCCACGGGAAACCCAUGCUGACCUGCGCCAAUCAUUGGCAUUGCAAGCGAAGAUGCGCCCAACUCGUGGCAUUUCUCAAGAAGUUUUCGCACUAACCUUCGUAAGAACUAAAAAAGAAAAAUUGACCGUUGUUUAUGGAACACGUUUAUUUAGAGAAGGAUGAGACGGUGUUUGCUCAAAUUAAUUUGGCUGGUAAGCAUCAUACUGCUCUUUUGAAAGUUUGUCAAAAUAAAGACUGCGCCGAUUAUACAAUAAGCAGAUUUUGACGUUUUAAUUAGAUGCUGCAUCAGAUUCUAGCCUGGCAGCCUGCGAAUCGUUGGGAAACAGCAAGAAAUAAAAAAGGAAAUAUUCCUUAUUCAUAUCGCAACUCCCCAGCCUUACCUUCGCGACAGGAACUUUGCAUGAUUGUUUAAAGCUACGUUUAUAUUAUAUCGCAUAUCGGCCUUUUUCAUAUUACUAGAACAUAAUUUAGAAAUAUUUGACGUGCUUGUCAUUGACAGUAUAGGAUCACGUUAUCGGUUGUGUGUGGGCGGUUUCUGGGAAAAUACAAAAACUAAGGUUCAGUUAUUGUAAUGAAACAUUGUGUAUAUUGCUUACUUUGCUUAAAGUCAAAAUUACUUUGAUUAGCUAUUAACAGAUCGUAUACAAUGGGCGGUGAAGCGGAGUCGUGUGCCCUGAAGUAUGUGUGAUGCAUGGGCACCUCAAAUAUUGGAGCACAUGCGAGCAACUACUAAAUGUGUCUUAUAAUAUAACAUAUAUAGUUGUUUGACUACUUUUUAGUGAAAAUGACGAGCAAAGGGCAGGGCAAGUGAACUUUCUGCUGAAGUAAAAAGAACUAGUAAAUUAAUCGACAUAUAAAGUGGCUAUAAAACUCUCCUUGAGUUAUUAUAAAUUAUGAACUUUUCCUGUGUAUCUAUAGCUGACACUUGCGGUAGUUUUGGAAGAACUCGUACUCGCCAUUCCGGCCGGUUCGACUUCCAGAGAUUAUUUCUCGUUCUCUCAAACUUCAACGCAUGUUUCUAUAACUGUAUAGAAACAUUGAAAUUACGUUCAUAUGCAUUAACUUUCAUAUGCCAGCACAAGGACCGGGGUUUUCCUGGGACUCGAUAAUGUGGCGAGUAAUUUUCCUUUGCGUCGUAUUUGUUCGUCGUAGUAUUUAAUAAGUGUCAAUAUUUAUACCAAUGAAAGAACUAUUAAUGGAGUAACCGCGUCCUUGGAUUUGCUAAUCAAGUUCUGGUGACAGUGCAAUGCAUUAAAACAAUAUACAAAUCGAAAGCCGGUUGGCCAACUUUGAAAACAGACGUGAUGAAGAAUUCUAAAACUUUCAUGCUUAACUGAUAAUUUACAUUUUCUCAUUAUAUUUUGGGUUAUGGUCCAGGGAUGGUCAUCAGGAACAAGUAUUAUUCUGUCCAUUAGAAAUAUAAAUGAAAUAAAAGUACCCACAAAACGCUUAAGUAUCUUUUGAAUUCGUACAUUUUAAAGCCGUUCAAGGCACGGCAAAAUUUUGGGUACGGCAAAUUUUGGCACGGCACGUUUAUAUUUCAUUUCUUUCCGCGCCGUGCCAAAAAUCUUUGUCCGUGCCGAGCACGGUAAAGUCUUAGACUGCGCACGCUCAGUCAGAAGCAAUAUAGCGGCGCAAAUUGACAGGAUGGUAAUUCUAUAUUAUACUCGAAAAAUUAACAAAAAAAAGAAUUUGGAGAAAACCGAGAAAUAAAAUGUUAGAGAUGUAAGAAAAACCACAGAAAUAUGAUCAGAAAAAUUGAAAGCCAAUAUACGAAAAGGAGACUGCAAUUAAUUGCCUUCUGAGUCUUGUUUUGAACGUACCAAAUGAACAAACAUUAUGGAUGCAUCCUCAUACAGAUGCAUAGUUUCUUUCAGCAGACAAGUUUCGUACCGAUGUACAAUGGUACGAAAACUUUAGAGUUACAUAACAAACGUUUGAUUUUGUUGUUAAUGUAAUCGAGAAUGAUGUCAAGCUUUUUCCCGAAGACUACCACGUGAAUGUUGGUGGAAAUUUAUUGUCCUGUUAUUCUUGGAGACCCUACUUAUCCCUUACUACCUUGGCUCAUAACACCAUGCUCAGAGAACCCGAAUACAAUCCGAGAGCGUAGAAGGUUUAAUUAUCGCUUGAGUAAGGCUAUGUUUACAGUAGAGAAUGCAUUUGACAGAUGGAAGGGGAGAUUUCGUAGAUUCCUUAAGAGAGUGGACAACUGGACAUGGAUAAUAAAUUAAAAGUUAUAACUUGAUUAUUGUUACUGCUGCAUCAUGCUUUUUACACUACAUAUGUGAAAUGAAUAAUGAAGAGAUCCUGCUACAUUGGUUGGAGGAAUCAAGUCAACCAACAGCUACCUUUCCUCAACCAGAUCCAUUAGACAACACUCAUGCUCAAGAUAUUCUGUUUCAAUUAGAGACCAUUUUGCUAAUUACUUCAUGUCAGCUGUGGGACAUGACCCUGGAUCAGGGUGGUUAAUGUACUAACUUAAAAGACAAAAAAGCUUUUAGUUUUGCAGAGUUACGUUCUCAAACAUUAUACCUCAAAUUCAAAUUGUCCAAUCAGGAAGCUUAGUUUAUGCCACGUGAGCAUGAAAUUAAUCGCGAUGACACGCCUUACGUCAUCAAUUAGCGAGCCUGCGUUCCUUUUGACACUGUUCCACCCCAUGUUCCCCGUGGUCCGGGUAGACCACGCGAGACAACACGCGUGACAACACGCGUGACAACACGCGUGACAACACGCGUGACAACACGCGUGACAACACGCGUGACAACACGCGUGACAACACGCGUGACAACACGCGUGACAACACGCGUGACAACACGCGUGACAACACGAGUGACAACACGCGUGACAACACGCGUGACAACACGCGUGACAACACGCGUGACAACAACAUGGCCGACAAAAUAUAAAUAGUAUUGAUGAGUGAUGAAUAUUCAAAUAAACCUGGGGCUUUUUCAUAAUUUUGAAGCAAAUUUUGAAAAAUGUUGUCAUUAAUAUUCCAAACGAUAUGUGAUUCGAAAGAAAAGCGACGAAUACGUCUUGCGUUAAUCCGAAAAUAAAACAUCGUAUUCACUAUUCACGAAGGUAUCAUAGGCAUGUGUCAAGUUUGUAAUUCUCAACUUGGAGGCUUUUAAUUUUCGGUAUAAUAUAUCAUUAAAUUUUAUAGACCCUCGGCUCGGGGGAUUCGGCGAAAUAUUACCCACAGUGAUGAAAUUUCCCUCGGGGCAAAGCCCCUCGGGAAAUAUCAUCACUUCGGGUAAUAUUUCGGCGAAUCCCCCUCGCCCCAGGUCUAUAAAUGAUAAAUGUUAAAGGCACUAAUAAAAUCAAAGUAUCAUUAAAUUAUUUGAAUAAACCACACCACCUAUAUAUUAUGCAAUUUUUUUUGCGGAAGUCAAGAAUCAAGAUUACAUCACUGACACUGACACUGACAUGGAAAGUUGACGACUCAAUUGAUAAUUAAUACGCUUCGCAACACAUUCCAUAGAUUUUUUAUUAAUCCUAUAGUUUAUCAAGUGAUUACUGUGGCGGCAACACAGCCAUGCAAGACAACAGCUACAGUUUAACGACUUCACAAUCGCGACAUUAUGUGAAUGUGAACUGCCAGGAGAAUACGACAACAUCGUUUUGUUUUUAGAUCAAAAAUUCAAAAUUUAUAUGGGGAGGGGGGGGCGAAUUUCCUAAAGGACGGCGAUAUUCCUAAGAUAUUCGAACCCGGGGGGGAGAUAUUCCUACCAUAUUCGCCCCCCGGGGCGAUAGAAUAUCGCCCCCCUUUUGAGAGGUGGGGGGCGAAUCUCCUGGGAGGCGAAAAUCCUGUGACACCGGCCGGAACUGGAACUCGAAAAAAUCGGGGUUCCGGUGCACCCCUAAAAUGCAACCAAGUCCUUCACUUUGUGUGCAUGCCUUUAUGAACAAUAGACAAAUACCCUUAUAUAGAGUCUCCUACACCUAGUGUAAAUGUUGAUAUCAUCAUCACAUUUGUUCUAUGAACCAUGCAGUCUGUUGUGGACUGUUCAUUAAGUCAAUUUCUAUAAGUGUGCUUUAGCAUAGUUGAUUUUAUUGAUAUUGUAGCAUCAAUUAUGUAUUUCAUGUUUCGCUCGCUUGGAAACGUUUCGUCGAUGAUGUCAUCUCUGCGGUUUCUACAAAUGAGAUCGAUAUUCUGCUGCAACAUUUAAAUUAUAUUGAGCCGUCCAUCCAGAACGUGAGAUAAAUGGACAUGAGAUAAAUGGACAUGAACGUGAGAUAAAUGGACAUUUAGCUUUUUUAGAUUUGAAUGUGCACAGAACUGUCAAAGGGAAGUUAGAGACUGAUGUUCAUCGCAAACCCACACACACGCACAGACAAAUACUUGUCAUACGACUCUUAUCACCCAGUAAGCCACAAAAGAUCCGUAGCAAAAACUUUGCUUCAAAGAGCUGAAUCGUUGCCGUCAAACAGUGAUUCUCAAGCUAAUGAACGUGAAUAUGUUCUAAAUGUUUUAGGGCAAAACAAUUACCCAAAACAUUUUCUUAAUGAUUGCCUGAGACCACCUGUUUGUAGGAACCAAAAUAACUCCGAGGGUGAUACCUCUGUUAAGGGUUUUGCAAUAGUUCCAUACAUUCAAGGUGUCACAGAACCAAUCAAGAGAAUCUUAAAUUAAGUAAUUGUAAUAUUAAGGUUGCCUUAAAACCCUUUUGACUUUAGACCUUAUUUUCGCAAAGCCAAAAGAUCCUGUUGAAACAAUUCAGAAGACUCAUGCUGUUAUAUUCUAUACCAUGCGGUGACUGCGAGAAAGAGUAUUUGGGUCAGUCUAAACGCCAGUUUGGUACACGGCUAAAAGAACAUCAAAAGGCUGUUUCAACUUUAGACAAGGGAAAAUCAGCUUUAGCCGAACAUGUAUGUUACACCAAACACGAGAAUGCGUGGGAAAACUCUAAAGUAAUUACCACAUGUACAAACAAUCGUUAUGGUCAAAGACUUUGCCUAAAAGCGUGGCAUAUAAAUAUGAGUCAUCAUGCUUUGAAUAGGGAUGAUGGUGCCUAUUUGGCAGUAUUUGCCAGAGGAAUAUAUGCAUCUUCUUGGCAGGUGACGUCAUCUCUUGGGUAUUUAAGAAGCCACGAUCGCUGUUUUAGAUCACUCCUGAUAAAGACACUAGACUGGAGUGUCGAAACGUUGGGUCUUGAUUACAAUUCGACUGGGCUUUGUAAUAAUUUAUUUAAACCAGAGUAGCGAGCGAAACAUGAUUGAUAUACCUGGUUGCAAUGAACGAACAACCUUUAUAAUUAUGUAUUUGUUUAUGUAGUUUUGUUUGUGUUUAUUGUGUUACAAAACGCACACAUUAAUGUGUAUCAGAAAUACAAUUUAUAAUAUUAUUGAAAAAUCAAACAGGAAAUAAGUAUGCAUUAAAUUUAUAACUCAUCAUCAAUGCCAAAGUGAUAUUAUCCUUUUCUAUGUCAAAUGAUCUGGGGCCGGUUGUAUCAAAGGCGUUUAACUUAAACGGUGGAUAAGUCAAAAUUAAAUAACACUCUUAUGUCUUUCGUGAAUCAGUCAACUUAAAUAUUCUGCACUGAAUAUAUAGUUGUAAACAUUAUCGUUCCAUUAAGGUUCAAAACUUUUAGUUUGGUUGUUUAAUGAAUCUAUAGACUUGCUUUCUAUUUUGAGCUUAACCACCGUUUAAGCUAAACGGGCUUGAUACAACCGGCCCCUGGUGUUAGACAGUGAGAGUAAAAUAAUCCUUUGAAAGUUGAACAAGUUCAUGCUAUUGUAUAUUUAUUCAGUUCAACUUUGAUCAAGAACACAAACAUAAAAUGAAAAACCCUCAACAGCUCAACAUCUUGAUCUAUUAAACAAUACAGUUAUUGAUUCCUUCCAUCAGUCAACCACAUUUCAUAAGAACAUAGCUUACGAGCAUCUGCAUUUAUCUCAGUAAUACCAUAGUUGCCUCGAAAUCCUUUGUCUCGCGAGGUACGAUUAAUCACUAAUUUACCUCAUUACUAAAACAUGGCGUUAAAUUAGAACUAAUUUUACCACGGGCAAAAUUAGAACAAAUUUUGCCCGUGGUAAAAUUAGUUCUAAUUUUCCCCUGCAUGCUUGAUGAGGGAAAUUUAGAAGACAAAAGCGUACCACCUCAUUACCUCUGAUUGGAGAGCUGAACCUCAUCGAAAAUCAUCGGCACAACUAUGGACAGUACCUGACGACACCGUCCCGUACACAUUCGAACAAUCACUUUGCCAGCUUUUAUUCGCCCUGAAUGCCAUGCUAUUACUUAUAAUUGUACAAUAGAAAAUUCCAGCUAUCGACUAGUAAUUUUUAUCUAAACAAGACAGACGAAAUAUGUCAUUAUAGCUCAAAAGAGCAUCCUAAAAUUAGUAAAAUUGCAAAGUUUGGCUGUGAAACUAGCAAAAUUUUGAGUAUUUUAGUAUCAUGAUGCGCGGUAAGAAUAACCACUUUUGGCUCAAAAAUGGUUAUUUUUACGGCGCGUAAUACUAAAACACUCAAAAUUUGCUAAUUUCACAGAGCUAUAUUUUCCGUAAUUCACAACAUUUAGGAUGUUCGUUUGAGCUGUAAUGAUAUAUUUCGUCUUUCUUGUCCAGAUAAAAAUUAGUAGAUAGCUGGAAUUAUCUAUUGAGCCCAUUUCAUGUCAUAAAUAUUUGCGAUAUCGACCAAUAGUAUGAGCGAUUUCAAUUAAUAAACAGAACGGUAGCCUCCGACCAGGUUGUUCUUGAUAAUUGAUAACCCAUCCCCGGGGAAGAUACAACAGAUUCGAUUACAUAAUAAGUUCUUUGUAUGAUUGCAUGGCGUAAAACAUAUAAUAGUUUGCAGUACGUAAUAAAUUUACGUGGUGUUUCCACAAACAAAACUAUUAUAGAUUGCAUAAUGCUCUGCAGCCUUUGCCAGGGUUCUCUUCAGCUCGCGGCCAUUACAAAGAGAACCCUGGGUAAGAGGUUGGUGUUUUACACGCUUUUCUCGUUUUCUCCAAACAUUUUCCUCGCGCAUUAUCACACCAUAAACGUUUUCUAUUUCUUAAAUAAGGCCCGUUUCAUACGCCGUACUUCACAUGUGCCGAAUACAUUAAAAACAAUAGGUAAUGAGGCAUUUCAGCUCAUUAUCUAUUGUCUUUAAUGUAUUCGGCACAUGUGAAGUACGGCGUAUGAAAUGGGCCUAACAGUCCUAAGUGUAGGAUGUCGACCCGCCUUUAAGACUGGACAAUACCCGCGUACCGGCUAGAACCGGUUUGAACCGGUUAGUAUAUCGUGGUUAUAUGUCUUUUAUAUUGUUAGUUUUAGAUUUCUAUAAUUGUUGUUUAUAUUAAAUUAAGAGCUUACGAAGGAAAACAGUCAAGCACAAUUGUAUUUUCUUUAGUUUGUUUGUAGCAGUAUUUGCAUGUGUAAUUUGUUUGUUUACGGUAUUUGUAAAUGCAAAUUUAAUUUUCGCGUAGAAACCACAUACACGCAUGUCAUUGAUGUAGGUUUAUUGAAAUCGUGCGUCUCACUGCAUUUUCGUAUAAUUAAGUAACCGUCCAAUAGGGAUAGCUGAGAUGCCAAAUUUCGGUAAAUUAAACCCCAAAGCUAAGGUUUUCAUUUAUGCAGAAACAAACAAUCACUUCAAUAUUCACAGACCUUGCUAAUAGUAAGGUAUGUGACACAGGCUACUAAAUGCGCAGCCUAUAUCGGUUUAAAAACCAAAUAAAUUUCAUUAUUUCAUACCUCGUGUGCAGUUGAAGCCUCAUUGAAUUGACUCAAGUUGCAACAUACAGCAUGGAUAACAUACUUUGACAAAAGGUUGCCACUUUCAGUUGCUACAAUGUCUCCUGGUUGUACAGCUGUGUGAGGUUUACAUGCUUCUUGGAAACACGAUCCACCGCGAACCAAUAAAGCUCGACCACAUGCAGUGGGAUGAUUAAGGUUCGAAUGAGCAGAGUUUACCAACACAUCAGCCUUCAAGCAAAAUGGAAGAAUGUUUUAAGAUUUUAGAAUUUUGUUGACUCGGCAAUUCCAAUUUUUAAUUUAUACUCGCCGGGAGUGACGGUAAGUAAAGGUAUCAUAUUAUUGAUUAUGCUGAAAAUUUUCAAUAAAACUGCCGACACAACCGAAAUAUUUCAAUAUUUACAAGUAUAAGCUAUCACUCCGUGUUUAUACAUGGCCACCAUUCUUAUUUUUUUCAGCAUAAUUAGCAAUAUGAUACCUUAUUUCCCAUCCCCCCUCCUGCACACAUAAACUAAAAGCUGGAAUUGCCUAUUCAAAUGAGUAUUCCCAAAAUGUUUCACCGACAUGAGAAUAACAUUAAUCUUGAUAACAGAAUCGGGAUAAAGUGGAGAAAAAGUUGUAGCUAGAACUCUGUUAAGGUAAUUCCGCAGUUUUGCAUUGCGCACUUUUACAGCGCACAUCUUAUAACUUAUAAUUUCAUCCAUUAUACGUACCGUUUAAAAAACAUUAUUUUAAUGACAAUUUUAUGUUACUUCAAAACAUUUUUGGUUACAUUCGUGCAAAGAAUUACGUUAAAAUCAAUGUUUUCAAAAAAGGCAUACAAAAGUGUAGCUAGGGUUCCUGUGUCUGUAGUAUAUUUAUUACUCGUAUUUCACGUUUUAAUGACACAAUUUAUUUCUUUAAUGCAUUUUACAUUUCAUAUCCGAAAUUUAAAAGAAAAAUCAUUUCCAGAUCUUGAAAAAAAUGCUUUAUCAAUGCAUGUUCUCAAAGAAAGAUAUGUAAAGAAAUGUGUUUUACACGUUAGUAGUUUCAUUUUGCUCAAAACACAAUAUUUCUUCAAAAAUAAUUAUCAGAUAGGUUUACUAAAGUAAAAUCCGCGCUAAAAACGUCAAUAAAUAUCGGGCCGUUGUGAGUUUGCUGUUACUCGUAAUGAGCGUCAAGAUGGCGCCGCCAUAUUGGAAUAAAGAUGGUAUAUUGUCAUUGUCAUAUCUUCUGAACGAGUUCGGUGACCCCGACAUUUUUGUGUGAUUUCACUUUAAGUAUAUAAUAAACUCCAUGCCUGCAGAAUGGUCAU